UUCCCCCCACCCUCUCACAGUGCCCAGUUCGGGCUGUGGGGCUUGCGCGAGGAGAGUGGGUUCCCGGCGCUUGACAUGGCGGCAGCGGCGGCGACUGCAGCGUCGAAAGGGAAUGGGGGCGGCGGGGGCCGUGCCGGGGCCGGCGAAGCCAGCAGCUCGCGGAAGAAAAAGGGCCCGGGGCCUCUGGCCACGGCAUACCUGGUCAUCUACAAUGUGGUGAUGACCGCGGGGUGGCUCGUUAUAGCAGUUGGUCUGGUCAGAGCAUACCUGGCUAAGGGUAGCUAUCAUAGCCUUUAUUAUUCCAUUGAAAAGCCUUUGAAAUUCUUCCAAACUGGAGCCUUAUUGGAGAUUUUACAUUGUGCAAUAGGAAUUGUUCCAUCUUCUGUUGUCCUGACUUCUUUCCAGGUGAUGUCAAGAGUUUUUCUAAUAUGGGCAGUAACACAUAGUGUCAAAGAGGUCCAGAGUGAAGACAGUGUCCUCCUGUUUGUUAUUGCCUGGACAAUCACAGAAAUUAUCCGUUACUCCUUUUAUACCUUCAGUCUGUUAAACCAUCUGCCUUACCUCAUCAAGUGGGCCAGGUACACACUCUUCAUUGUGCUGUACCCAAUGGGAGUGUCAGGAGAACUGCUCACAAUAUAUGCCGCUUUGCCCUUUGUCAGACAGGCUGGCCUGUACUCCAUCAGUUUACCUAACAAAUACAAUUUCUCCUUUGAUUAUUAUGCAUUCCUAAUUCUGAUAAUGAUCUCUUACAUUCCAAUUUUUCCCCAGUUAUACUUCCACAUGAUACACCAGAGAAGAAAGAUCCUUUCUCAUACUGAAGAACACAAGAAAUUUGAAUAGUUCCUUCUUCCUGCACAUCCCCAGAAACAAACUUUCCAAUGACAAAAAAUGCUGCAGACUUUUUCAGUUCCUAAUACGUUUCAUAGAAAAUAAGUAAGAACUAUUUUUAAAUACUAAAAUAAAUAAAUAAAUAAAUAAACCAAAAUCCAGUGUCACCUGGGCCUGGGAUUUUCUAAAAAACAAAACAGAAAAAUGAAAGCUGUUACAUAAAACAUCCUGGCCGGUCCAUUUCAGCAUGCUCUUUCAACCAGAAGUUCCCAGUGUUUAUGAUGGCGCUAGAAAGGGAUUUGGCAUUCUAUGUCCCCCUGUUUCCUUCACAUGUCUGAUAAGUGAAAGAUCUGUAACACUAGCUCCUUGAGCGUUACAGUCUGAGCCCUGAAGUUGUGCCCACUGAGUGCCCAGCUUGGAGCAGUUGCGUUUCAGGCUGCAGUGUGCUUAGCAUUCCCUCUCAACGUGCUUGACUGCAUGCUGGAAGCCGUUUGUUCUCUGGCACGCUCUGAAGUUAUGGCUGGGACCUUCCCCUCGUGUCUAGUGAAUGAGUUAUACAAUGUACAUGUCUGUGAAACUUUGGGGUAGUGCCUAUAAUCAGAAAACAACUAGAACCCUUUUGUUUGUUUCCAAUUGAGUCGUUACUGCUUGCCACUACGAAAUGUGCUUGAAUUUAAUAAGUAUGUGUAUAUUGUAGAGAAGCUACCUUAACUGGGGCUCCACCUCAAUCCUAUUUUAACAAAACUGGACAGUUUUGAGGAAGGGAAAGCUCAGUAGCUAGUCAAUGACGGGUACCUUUCACAGUACUAUUCUCAGAACACCCUGAGUAAGGAGUUUGCCAGGAGCUAUUUUCGCUUAGGGACCUGAAGCCAGUCUAGUGCACAGAGGUAGAGAAUCUGUUCUUGAAAGCACAUGGAAGGUGUUACUCUAGAAAUGGAGUUUUGAAGAACAAUCAGGAAUGGGUUUAUGUACCCUUAUUAUUUUAUUUUUACAUUUUUAUUCAGCUCUUCUGUUUGUAUACUUUUCCUUAUUAUGGUGCUAUGUAAUUCCCACCAAGUUGUAAGUCCAGAGGCAGUGAAAUGUUCCAGUUGGGCAGUCAUGAACUAAAAGUAGUAUCGUCCCCGCAUUUUGGAGCAGCCAAGAAAUACUUUGGACAUAUGGACAUUGUCUAAUUAACGUCUUGUCUACAUACUAUAAUUGCUAAACUGUGCAUUUAAGGCUUUUCAAGAAAGAGUUGGAUGAAAAUGUAAAGCCCAAGUUUAGACAUGCAUUAGAUUUUAAAUAUACAGUGUUCUUUACGGAAACAUUUUCCCUUUUUUUUUUUAAUUGGUUGAUCUUUUAAAAGUCUAGCUUACUAGCUUACUGACUGGUUAUCAACUGAAAUAUAAUUGCCAAUAUUAGAAGGGUGUCAUAAUGGAAAACUUUUAAAUGCUUAUUUUAAUAGAAGCAUGAAAAUUAAGAUGAAAAUGAGAAGAAAAUAUGCAGCCUGAAAUUUAAUGCAAGCAGAUGUAUAAUACAUUAUUUUUGAAUUGAUCAUUAAAAUUCUGCUCCUUAAAGGCAGCACUCUUGACUUGGGUGUGUGAGAUUAGAAUCUAUUCUUGUAUUUGAUAAACAAAAUAUGUGGGAAGAUUAUUUUUCAUGCUUUUUUCUCUUAUUUUUCCAAAAUGUUUUUCUACCAUAAAAUAGAAUCAAUUUGGGUUAUAUUAGCCUUAUUACUUAAGUUGAGUAAGAAUUUUUUCAUUUGUGUUUGAAAUAGUUAUAGAAGAUGGGAUGAAAAAUGCAAAUUUUCCAGGAUUGCUGGAUUGGGAGUUUUAUUCGGGCCUCUCUAUUAUAAUUUGUCAUUAUUUAUGAAAAACAAUCUGUCACAAAUAGUGGUCAUGCAUCCAAUUGAACUUUGACAACAAGAACGCAGCAAAUAACUCCCUUCUCAAAAAGGGUCUCAACCCCAGUGUGUAUUUUUGUCCACCAACAUUUAAAAUGCUCGUUGCAGAUAAGUAAGGCAUGCACUGUGUCCUUCAGUCACCUCUCUCAGUAACUGGUUUCUUUAUCUCUAAUGUGAAUUCAUUUCUCUUUGGAAGUGGUGGUGUUCGUUUAUGAACUGAGAACGUCUAACCCUACCGGAUAUCACAUCUUGUAAGGUGUGGAUGAGGAAGGUGGUGUUUUGGUGGGUAUUUUGUCAGACUCAACCACGUUCAUUUCCGGGCAGAGUCAAAGGCAUCAUCUGCGCCACCCCCCCCAACCCCUACCUGAUUGGGUGUUUCAGAUCCCCCUCUUCGGGGACCACCUCCUGGCAAAGAAUUCUUUGAGAUACGCAGUAGUGCCGUAUCGACACAAGCUGCUAAUCUGCGUCUUGCUGUGUUCUGUUUGCUAAGGUUGGGGUCAUUCACUUAACAUGUACUGACUGUUUUCAAAGGCUCCGUGGAGAGUUAGUCAUGCAAUAAAGCACAUCCACCUGAUGGAAACGUUCCCCUGGAGCAAACUUCCAAGAGGAAGGGCUUAGAAAGUGUAGCUUUGAGGCAUGUGAAGAGAUUGUGCCCUCACUUCCACUUGUGUUUUUGGUUAUUCAUUUAUAAUAAAAGGUUGGCAUUGAUGUGGUACAACCUGCAAAUUAGUUUCAAUUCUGAGUUUUGGAUAAAGCAUUGUAAGACAAAAUCGGUACAUACCGCUCCUUUGAAAUUUGGGUAAAAAAUUAUACAACCAUAUAUAAAGUCAUUUUUAUAUUUUUUCUAUGUUGUGAAAACCAAAACUGUAAUUUUAUAAGUCUUUGAUUCACUAAAAUUAUAUAAUUUAAAUGUAUUUUUUGUAUAUUUAGAAAUAAGGAGUUCAAAGACUAUGCUUAACUUUCUAUGCAUGCAUUUGGAAGCUGUUUUUACCUGAUAAUGUAGAAAUAAGUUGUAUUCAUAAAAUACUGAUCUGUGUUGCAUUUCAAAAUAAACUGGUGUGUGCUCUGCCUGGAUUUGA